CCUCGCCUUCCCUGGGGCCGCGGCGGGGCCGCGCCGCCUCCAUCGCCGCCUCUUUCGGGAUACAGGCGGCGGGGCCGCUCGGGCGGGCGGCGGCUCCGGUUUGAGGUUGGGAUUUGCUUUGGAAGUCACAGAGCAGUUGCUGCCUCGUUCUGCCAACAUUCAACUUUUAAUAUAGUAGUAUUAUUACAAACAGGAAAAAAAAGGAGACAAGUAUCUCCAUACCUAACAGGAAACAGGAGACUUUGCUCUGAAAUAAUUGAUAAACAAGUGUGAAGCAUGAGGAUCAACUCUGCUGUUCAGGCUGCUAUUGACCUCACAGCAGGUGCUGCAGGUGGGACAGCCUGUGUGGUGACUGGCCAGCCCUUUGACACUGCAAAGGUGAAGAUGCAGACGUUCCCCAGCAUGUACAAAGGACUUGUUGACUGUUUUGUCAAAACCUAUAAGCAAGUGGGAUUUCGAGGCUUCUACAAGGGAACCUCACCAGCACUUGUAGCCAACAUUGCAGAAAACUCCGUUCUGUUCAUGUGCUAUGGAUUUUGCCAACAAAUUGUGAGAAGAAUUGUUGGAGUAGACAGGAAAACAAAGCUCAGUGAUCUACAGAAUGCUGCUGCAGGCUCCUUUGCCUCUGCCUUUGCCACCCUUGUCCUCUGUCCCACAGAGCUGGUGAAGUGCCGGCUACAGGCCAUGCAUGAAAUGCAGUUGUCAGGAAAGAUAAUCCAGGGACACAAUACAGUUUGGUCAGUAGUGAAGGGUGUUAUCCAAAAGGAUGGUCCCCUUGGAUUUUAUCGUGGCCUGUCAAGCACUUUGCUGCGGGAAGUCCCAGGCUAUUUUUUCUUCUUUGGAGGGUAUGAACUGAGCCGGACAUUCUUUGCCUCUGGGAGAUCAAAAGAUGAAUUAGGUCCCAUCCCUUUGUUACUAAGUGGAGGUUUUGGAGGCAGCUGUCUGUGGAUUGCUGUGUAUCCUGUGGACUGUGUCAAAUCUAGAAUUCAGGUUCUUUCAAUGGCUGGAAAACAGGCAGGCUUUAUGGGAACAUUUGUAACUGUUGUGAGAACUGAAGGCAUGCUUGCCUUGUAUUCUGGACUAACACCAACUAUGAUCCGUGCGUUCGUGGCCAACGGGGCGCUGUUCCUUGCCUACGAGUACAGCAGGAAACUUCUGAUGAAACAAAUAGAUUCUUACUGAUACUGCCUGGCAGACGAAGAACAAGAGAUUGUUCAAGGGUCAUUUAAAUAAAUGAUGAAAAACACAUAGAUCACAUGAUGGUCUGAGCAGAACCAAAUCAGCGACCUAAUUUUAGGAACUGAACUCCAGUUUAAGAUUUGUAAUCUUUUAAAAUCAGGUGAUUUUAUGGAGGUGUGUAUAUGUUGCUUGAAUUGCACAAGCAGAACUAUCUCCCUCUUACAGAUUCUGCACUAGGUACACUGCAUGUCAUAAAUGUCUUUCCUGACCUGUACUGGUGCUAAAAAUAUUUACAUUGACCUGUGGGGUUUAACGUAACAUGCAAGAGUAGGUUGUGAGUUGUCUACAGCAAAGCACUGGUUUUAAAACUGUGCUGCAGUUGUGACCUUUUGCAGUUGUUGCUGAUGUCUGACUCAAAAUAACAUCAGUUCUUGUCUAAUCUUGUUGAGUAUAGAUAACUUGGACAUACACCUCACCCAGGGAGACCUUUCCUUCUCCAGCUACACCCCUGUCCUGCUCUGGCUCCCUGCUGCUCUGUGACUUGCUAAGGUCAUGGAAGAGGGCCUGACUUUAUCCUAGUGAAUGGGUUUAUAAAAGUAGGAAGCAUUCACCCCUUACCUUAUAUGAGACUUAUAGCCCAAGAUAUGCCGACAUUUUUUAUAAAAGAAGCACAGUAACAACAUUAGGGAGGCUAUGCUGCAUUCCAUUGUUUCCUAAAUCCUUUCAAGAAGUGCUGGAAUGUUCUAAGCACCACUUAACGUAAGGGACACUGCUGAAAAUAGCUGCUGCCUCUGAAUAUGGAAUUGUAACUUUGCGCAGGCUCCCAUUUAGAUCACCGUGGCAUAAAUAGGGCACAUGCUGGAAGGACAGAAAGCUGAAGAGGAACAGAAAGCCAGAAGUGAGUUGUUAACUGACACCAUGGUCUCUGACAUAGCAGUCUUGCUGGGGCUGGAGUCUUGCCAUUUGCUGUGUCUCUUCAGCUGAGUGGGAAAAGCUCAUAUGAUUGGAUAGCUUGUAUCACCUUCAGGCCUGGAGGGCAUAGCCUGCUUGGUCAUGUUAUUUGAUUAAACGUGCAGUUAGUCAGUACUACCCAAAAUGAUGCAGUGACACCUCUUUCCAGAUGCCCCUUUUGUUCUUCAAGUAGGAUGCUCUUUCUACAAGCAUGUUCUGCUUUGUAAGAAGUAGCUACUGCCUUAUCCUGGAAUAAGUCGUGCAGGUCUUAGAACAGCACAAACUUGUCCUGAGUUGUCCAGAGGUGCUGCCUGGGUGUUCUAACUGCAGCCCACCAGUGUGGGGGCAGUGGGGGGCACAGGCAGAGCCCUUUAACUCACUGGCAUCAUCACAGCUACAUGGAGAUCAGCAGCUUGUCACAGCAACCACAUUUGUCAGAGACAGUGCUGGAACAACCUAGUUUUGCAUGUUACAGCUUCCCUUUCAGAUCCCAGAAAUAGGAACAAGCUUUAGGCAUAGAUGAAUUCCUGUCAAUACCUGCUGCCUCUUGCAGUGGAGCCAGGGUGCACUUAAACUGGCUCAUUCCUUGCAUUGUUACAGCCUCUUUGAUGGAAGGUGGUUGCUCCAGUUCCACAAAAUCUUGCUCCUCCAGCCUCCAAGUGCAGAAAAAACAAUCUCCCUUUCAUACACCACGAGAAAAGGCAGUUAAAGCAGGGCAUGGCUGAAGAAUCUUCAGUGUCUAUUGCAUCAAUACAGCUUGACUGCCUGGUACAAUAGGGGCAGCACUACUCUGAAUUGCCAGUACUUUAAAAGGAAUUUAUACCAAAUGUUUAAAUGAUUCAGGUAGGAGGCUGAGGCUUUGAGAAUUGUUAGACUUCCCCUUCUUUUCAGAGUUGUCUAGCUAAGAUAAAUAGUAUAUUUGUACAUGUUUCUAAUAGUUAUGAAAAGGUGAGGACAGACUCCACCUCAGUGGAAUACUUCAAUCUAUUUCUAAGAUUUGUCUUUGCUUUCAUUUUUUAAAGCUCAUGGUUGCAGUUUUUAAUACAAAAAUUGAAGCUUCAAGAGAAGCAGGGUAUUUAAAACAACCUACAGCAAGAAGCUGGUGGCAUUUUUGAGUUUACCUUCUGAAGUUGAUGUAAGCAGUAAUUUUUCCAUUCAGAGCUGCUUAAGCUGUACACGUGUAUCAGUUGUUCACCUAAAAACUUCAUGAUGUUGGUAUAAGAACUCACAGAAAUAAAGUUUCAUUUGAUUAACUGAGUACCUGAUAAUUAUUUAUGCCAUUUAACAAGCUCAUCUAGCUGAGAAACAAAAUGUUGAAUUCAGCAUCACCACCUUUCUGGAAUGAAAGAAAAAGACUAUACAAUCAAAGAACAUAUAAAGCCCUCAAAACUGAGGGAGAGGGGGCAGCUAGAGUAACAUGCUGUGAAAAACUGCUGAUUUUACAUCUAUGGAAAAUGAAACCCAUACUUCAGCACUUGGCUUGUUGCUUUGUUAGUACCAAAGUCAGUUCUAGUAUUAAUGUUCACCUCAAAUUUCAAGUUGCUAGAUUACCACGAUACAGGCUGUAAGGUUUUCUGUCAGAAGAACGCCAGGAG